AAAUUGACUUCCAACUGGCCGAUAUGAAGUUCCUAGCUCUUUUCGUCACUUUGCUGGUUGUUCUGGCUUUGGUUAGCGCCCAAAAGAGCCAGAAUACAAAUCACAACGUCAUCGUCAUCGGUGCCAAGAAGCCAGGAGCUGCACCUGCCGCAGCAGCUGCUGCUGCUCCUGCCGCACCUCCUGCCGCAGCUCCUGCCGCAGCUCCAGCUGCUCCUGAAGCAGGACUCGCAGAUGCUCCAGCCGAAAGUUAAAUAUUAUGAGUCAGAGGUUAUUUUCUUCUAAUAAAAUGGAUCGCUAAUCACAAUAUAUGUUUAUGAGAGUGUUU